CUCUUUUCGGUAAUUUGCCGACGGAGCCAUAUGAGCGGCAUGACAUCACUGCGCCGCACUACCAUUCUUCCCACACUCUUCUAAUUCUUCAUUACCACCAUGUCUUCAAAUAAUAUCAACGAUCUUCCUCUUCCUUAUGGCUGGGUCGAACAACGUUCACCCGAUGGUCAUCGUUUUUAUGUCGGUCGAUACUAAAGCCAAUCCACCCCGUUCAAUAUGGACUCACCCCUACGAGGAUGAGCAAUAUCUCCAUGAACAUCCAGACGUACGAGAGAAAAUGAGGACUUCUACUUCCAAUCAAGAACUUCGAAGCAGCCGUUCCGACAUCAAACAAUCCAACUACGACGAUAGAGACACCAGGCGGCAUUCGUAUAACGGUCAAUCAUCAUCUUCGUCGAAAACUCCAGGUCACAACAGAGGAUUUUUUGGCAAGCUCAAAGACAAAGCUAUCGGAACCAAAGAGGAACGACAGGCUGAGAAAGCCCGAGCAGCGCAGCUUCAAGAGCAGAGACGUCAACAGCGCCUUGCGCAGCAGCAGGCUUACUACAAUCAGGCUCAAUAUGCUCCCCCUCCCCAACAAUAUGGCAAUCGUUACGACGGAUACGGAGAUACAUAUGGAAGCGGUGGCCUAGGUGGACUAGGUGGGAUGUCUGGUCGCCGAACUGGAGGUAUGGGUAUGGGAGGUAUGGCUCUACCUCUUAUCGGUGGAAUGGCGGGUGGUCUACUCCUCGGAGAAGCUUUGGGUGAUUUUGGAGGUGGAGGGUUUUGACGGUGGAGGUUUCGGUGGUGGAGGAUUUGACGGUGGCGGUUUUGACAAUGGAGGCGGGGGCGGCUUUUAAUCUUGUUUAAUGGGUGAUGAUUACCACCUAUGACCAUAUGUAUAACCCACACCAUGAUGGACUGGAAUUGUACAUUUUUUGUAUUUCUUGUUGUAUGGACACAUAUACCUGUACUGUAGCUUCAAUGUGUAUUUAGAUCAUUCCCGCUGUAGUAUCACAAGUCAAAAUACACGAGAGACUUGGAGACUGGAGAAAUAUCGUUCAAUCUUUCAAUCUGCCCACUGUGCAGUUACAGUAGCUGUUAAACGUAUGGGCGCUU